UCUCCAAUGGUAAAUAUCACACUCCCCCCCCUCAGCCUCACCCACAUAAGGAUGCCACAAAAUUUAAAUAAAGGAAAGCUUUCACUUUGCAAAUUGGAAUCUGGGCUCCUAACUCUGAAUUGAACCAGUGUUUAGGGCAGGGUGAGAGUGCUGGAGUGCCUGGCUCCCUGGCUGUGUAUCAGCGCGGCACGGCCGGUGGGGUCCGUGGGGUCGGGUGCUGCACGUCACAACCAACAGGAGGGGGAACAGCAGCAACAGCAACAGCAGCAGCAGCAGCAGCAGCAGCAGCCAGGGGAACCUGGUGCAGGCUGGCUUAGAGACACCAGGACGACGCCCACGGACAGAACACGCCCACACUCGGCGCCCGUGCCCAUCACCACCACAAUGGUGAAGACCUUCCAGGCUUACCUGCCCUCGUGUCACCGUACCUAUUCGUGCAUCCACUGCCGUGCACACCUGGCCAACCACGACGAACUCAUCUCCAAGUCAUUUCAGGGAAGUCAAGGCCGGGCCUACCUUUUCAAUUCUGUGGUUAAUGUGGGGUGCGGACCAGCCGAGGAGCGAGUGCUCUUGACGGGUCUUCAUGCUGUUGCUGACAUUUACUGCGAAUGCUGCAAGACAACUCUGGGCUGGAAAUACGAACAUGCCUUUGAAUCCAGUCAGAAGUACAAGGAGGGCAAGUAUAUUAUUGAGCUGGCACAUAUGAUCAAAGAUAAUGGGUGGGACUGAGAGUGGGCCCCUGGUGGCCGCAGGAGCCUUGGCGUGCAGCUGUGACCCUGCCAAUGACUGCCAGACCUUUACUCAUCAUCACACCAAGAAUGUCUCGUCUAAUAUAAGGAUGACUUCAUUUACCUAGGAUGGAAGUGGGAAGUGUAGUCUGGACCCAUUGAUGAUAUCUGCUGCUUCCUCGUUAGUGUUAGGUUGACCAGCUGUGCACGACUUAUUCUUGAGCAGUGAUCUCAGCCGGUGUGCGAUGCCAGGGUGUGCUGCGCAAACAAAUAUUACACGAGAAAAUUCAUUAUAGCUUCAAAUUAUAGAAAACGACUACACUAUAGUGAUUAUGGUGAUACUCUAUAUGGAUUGACUUGCCUGAAUUAGAUCAGAUUCAUUUGUGUAAAUAAUGAAGACUACUGGCAAAAAUGCUGAGUGAGUGUUAUGAGUGGAAGUGGAAUGUAAGCAGCACAUCCUGAGAGCAACUGGCCAUCAUCACCAUCACAAUCAUCAUAUUUUCACAUCAUUUUUGACUGUCCCAACCCGCCAGUCAUCAGUCAGUCAGCCAGCUAGCUCUCGUCCAGUCUCAUGGCCUGUCUGUGAUGGGCUUUGCCCGUAAGCAAAUUUCAAUUUGUUGUGUAGUAAGUGUAAAACUAAUCAUCCCACCCAGCCACUUGCAAGCCAGUUAGACACAUUUUUGUAUUAUAAACUCAAUGUGAGAAUUUGUUUUAUUUAAUUAUCUGCUGUCUACCAUCAUUUGUUAAGGGACCAUAACAUAGUGUGAUUUGACCUGCCAUGGCAGGAUUCUAACAGUACGGAGGGAAUAAAGCAUUGCCCAAACCUCAGUCAAAACAGAGACUUCAGUAGCUGUGUUUACCAUGUGUGAGUUUUAGAUACAUAAUGGUAUUAAACACCUGUACCUUUUUAUCAUUAUACCAAAAGGACAGUUUGUUAUUAAACAACAUUAUGCUAGAAAAAGCUGUAUUACAAUGGCACUUGAUGCUUGACCCAUAUUUUGGAGCACACAACAUAAUCGUAUUUCUCAUUUGUCUCGUCCAUAUUGCAUUUGCGCAGGUGAUGUGCAGGAAGUGAUGCUGGUGUUCCCGCUGUGAUCUAGUGCAUCUUGGAAGCCUGGACAGUGCAGGCAACCUGUGAUGAUGUGUCUUAAUGGUACACUGUGUGAUUGGACAAUAUUUUAACUCAUUUUCACUUGUUCUGUACUGUGUAUAUCCUAAAAUUUGAUGUUCCCAACAAAUGGAUUAGGUAGGUGAUUGUGCUGCUAUCAUUUCCAGUCAUCAUGCUAGUCUUGUAGAAAUGGCAUUUGAUUAUCUUUUAAUUUUUUUCAGUUAACUUUAGUUGAGAUUGAGUUGAGAUAAAAUUCACAUCUUCUCUUGCAAUUGUACAUAAUGGAUUGAUUAAAACCGCAACAUGCCACAGAUAUCAACCAGUAGAGUGUUUGGUGUAAAUUUACUGAUGUAAAGUAAGUGUUGAAGAGACUUGCUGUGCAGUAUUAAUUAAGUUUUUCUUAAGGUAAAUUUAAAUUUACCUCAUGAAUUAUAAGAACUUUAAAAUGUAUACUGUAUAUAUGAAAUAUAUAAUGUAUACAAUACCUAUAGAAGUUGUAAACUAGACUCAGAAAAUAGUAUUACAGUAUUUUAGGUUAAUGUUCCUGUAAAGAACUCUUAAAUUUCUUAAUUACUUAGAAAAUGUAGAAAAAAUCAUGAGAUUGUAGUUUGUGAUAAAUAUUGGCUGAUACAGUAAGGACAUUACAUUUGCAAGAUAUUCAGUGUACAGUCAUACCAUACUUCAGUUGGCUGCUGUUACUGAAUUUUAAAUUAAGCAUGUUUUUCCAUGCUUACAACAUGUAUUAUUUAUAUAUUUUUGCAUUUCUUAUGUUUUGGACACAAAAUAUCCUCAUUGCCUUGUAGGUUCUUUCUCUAGAUUGAAGAGCUGCAUGACUCAAGUAUUCAGGAAAGCACUUAGCUUUCUACAUGAAUGUACAUUUGCCCAAUUUAUAGUGAUGUACAUGUGCUACCCAGCUAUCAGUAUAUAAUAAAAAAGGCAGCCAUUAUUAAUUAACAGUUAAGCUCAUUUCGACACCCAACAAACACAGUACCUAAGAACAAACACCCCUGACAAGCUGAUGCAAGCAUCUUAAUAAUAUGGUCCUGAUUAUUACAACUUCCAUUAAUUAUUUUAUUUAGAUAAUGUAAAACAUUUGCAAUAGGCAUCAGUACUUUUUUAACUGUAAUUAUCCAUAUUAUGCAGGAACACUCCCUUCAUCAGCAUUGAAAAUGAACACGCGAUCUCUGAUCAAGUGCUCUCUCACGGUUGCUGGUCAAAAUGUUAAUUUACUCUCAACUCAAUCUCAAACUAAAGUCAACUGCAGAAAAUACAAGCUUUAUAUAAGAUGAAACACAAGAGCAUUAUAUGAUACUUAAUAUCAGUGUGUUUUGGCAUUUGUAUUAUUUACCUAUCAGUGAAAUGCUAGCAGUUUUUCAAUCAAAAAUUCAUUGUUUAGAACUGAGAGAAAAUGAACCAUCUUAACAUCCUGAUAGUUAAGCUGUUGUGAAGUAAUACACUUUAAUAUAAUGAUUUAUCAUAAUAGCUGUAGGUGAUGUAAGAUUAAUACUUGUCUGGGCUCACUAGCCAGAAGAUAAUUAUAUGUGCAUCUCAUAAAAGAAUCAGAUAGUGUCAAUAGUCAGGGGUCCAAGGUAAGAUAUCAACUGUAUGUAGUAUGGUAGGUAACAUCAUCUUGCUUUGGACAUGUUACCUUCUGCAAGUGAAAAGAAAUUUCUCAUGGAGCAACUUUCAAAUUUAUUAGGUCUGCUUGGCUGCUUUUUGGCUUGGUGGUGGAACACUGAAAUAGCUUUAAUCAUGUGUAGUUAAGAUUCAACAGAGUACCUAUUGGCUAGCCUUAUCACAUUCAUUAAUUGAUAUUAAUCAGUUCAUAUAGCAUGUCGAUGUGUAUUUGCCAUAAAGUUUUGGCAUAGAACUUCACACUAGUUGUGGGAUUAAAAUGAUAGUCCCUGCUUUUCUUUUUAAGAUGUAGGUCAUGAAAAGCACUGUUCAUUACAGAACAGUUGGUCUGGAUUGUGCAAUUAAUUCAAAGGAUACUGGGAUACUGGUUACUUCAUGUGGGAAUUUAUUACUUAUGACUUAGGUUUAUCUCUAUGCUCAGGUAGAUAGAGAAGCACCCUAACAUUUUUUUUUUCUAUUUUUUCACAUCCAAAAAAUAUAGCCCCAAUAUACGACUUGAGAGAGGAUAUCCUUUUUCUUACCAAAGUAAUAUACCUUCAGUUUCCUUCAUGUUGCUUGUGUGUAUAACUGGCAUCUGUGCCAACUUUAGCUGUCUAUUACUGUUGUGUCUUGUCUCUGCUGCUCAUGGUAUAAAGCUGGUUUUCUUUUACAUUGCUACAAGUAGCCUUUAUACAAGUUUAUCUUUUGUGUUGUAAUUCAUUAGUGUCUCAGCAGAUUGCAUAAUACUUUGUGCUUAAUUUAGACAUGUCUCAUUUAUAUUUGUGCUUAUAUCCCCUAGGUUAGAGAUUUCUAUGUAUUUUGUCAUUUUUCAUAAUUUAAAUUCUUUCGACCUCAGUAAUGCUUAUUGUCUCACUUUAAUUGUAUGUUCAGUCCAUAUAAAUUUAUUUAUUCACUUAUAAAUUUUGUAAAGGUAUUAUACAAAGUAGCAGUUUAUAAAAUUUUAACCCAAAAAUUGUGGUCAUUAAGUUCUCUUGUACCAUCUUGCUCCCCUGGUUAUGUUGCCGCUUCUCCAACCAGCACCAGUUCUUUCUGUAUGUACUCUGUACAUACAUACUACAGCAUAUUCAGACUUAGUACUUGUAUAUUUCAGUGUGCACUUCCCUAAGUGUAUACACAUUUUAAUCCGUACUGACCUCAGUAAAUACUAACUUUUAGCAUGUACUGACCUCAGCACAAAAUCCAUUUCAUUAUGUACUGAACUUAGUACAUAUAAACCUUGUAUGUACUGAUCUCAGUACAUGUGCAGUUCCACAUUUUAGUAUAUGUAUGCAAAUGGUCAUAAUUGUGUGAAGAGAUAUUGUAUUUACUAAAGAGAGAUCCCCACAAGGUGGUCCUAUAUUUUUACAUGGCAUUCUAGUCUUUCAUUCUAACCAGUAGUUGAGAAGUGUGCAUGUCUCUGCCUUCUGUUAUAUUACACUAUGUACUAGCUCUUUGUAUCAUGGUUCAUUCAUGGGAUAUAUAUAUAAAGUGGAUGGCGAGAGGCAAAAGUAAAAUAAAUAAAUAUAUACAUACAUAUACAUGUAUAUAUACGUACAUACACAAUUAUAUAUAUAUUACACACACAGACAGACAGACAUUCGUACCUAUACUGUGAUAAUGUUGAGGUUGGCGUGGAGAGUUAAUAAGGAUACAUACUAUAAUUAUUGUUUCGGCUAAUACCAUGUGCAGGUUGAGGGCUUGAGUAGUAUGAAAAACACCAUUAUGUAUUGAAUACUAAAUGUAAAAAUAUCAAUAUUAGCUGUAUUGGAAAUUAUCAGCACAGUUAAGCAGUUCUAGGCCAUCAGGUUUGUUUUGCCUUUCGUCAUAAUAAUGACCACUGAUUGUGCAGGACACUUUGGCUGUUGUAGUGCUUUUGUGAUUGAUAUUAUCAUAGAAGAGCUUGGAAACAUUCACAUAGGUUAGUUUCCUUUCAAUGUUGUAUUUCAUAGCAACCAUCAUGACACUGGUAACUGCUUUUAUUUUAGAUUAUCCAUAGACAGAUUACUUCCAAUGGCAAGAGCAUUUGUAGCAUAUACUGCUUACAUAGAUAUGGGACUAAUAUUUCGGCAAUUUUUUUUUACGCUUGCUUUCAGUCCCUUUAGGUGUAAAGUAUAGAGUUUUCUCUCAGUAUCCAUUCACUGGUUGCUAUGCUCAUAUUGUUGAGAAGUGGAACACAAGUGUUUAGGACCACAGUACAUUUAUAUUCUGUCCAAAGUGAGAGGGGUCCAUAUACGGUGUUUGUCACUUUUAUACUUAGCCAGGUUAUCUUCAGUGACACAGGUAGGAUUCAUUUACUCAUUAUGCAUAACAUGCUCAUGUAAUAUAUUUUAAGAAGUGUAUCUUGCAAACUACAAUACUUUUUCUUCUUUUAAACAUUGUAGUAGAAGAUGCAUUGGUCUUCUGGCAUGAAGUGUCUCAAAUCUUCAUUACUUCCUUAUUCUGCUGGUACAGACUCAUCCCCUCCCACUGGUCUAAUGUGUACUCUUUCUUGGAGCAGAGAUGGUCAUGUAUUGUUCAAAAAACAUUUAUAUUUAGUUCCAUUCGGUGGAAAUUUAAAUCAAAACCUCCAAUGUUGCCUUGAUGGAAGGCCCCAUAGGACCUUCAGCACAGUUUUGCUGUGGAAUGAGCACUGGGGAUGUAUCGACCCACAUACAGGGUGUGACCUCGGCAUCCACAAGCUUUGUUCCUGCUUCUUGUCUUGGUGACUUAUAACAAUGAGUUUUGUAAUGGCAUAGAACAGAAUUAUUGCCCACCUUUGCUCAUAGUUCAUAAGGUAUUAGUGUCAAUGAUGGUGUAUUCGGUGAUUUGAAGUACUGUAUCAAUGUAGUUAUUUCAUAUGUAUAUAGAUCAUUUUUUACAACCAAGGAUGACAUACUUUGUUCGGAAACAUUUUUAUUUCCAAUAUGUGGAGGAUUCAUAUGGGAUUAUUUCAGUAAGUACUAAAAUAUGAUAGCUGUAAGAUUCAGCAUUUGUACAUGGGAGCAAAAGGUCUGAAUCUUAUUGUAAUUCAGAAAGUUGGUAUUUGCUGGUCCUCACAAAUUGUAUCUUGUAGCAUUGUAGAGCUUGCUGUUUUCAGUAAAUCUGGAUGAUUAAGUACUGUACAGUACUAGAAUUUAUAGAUAUUGUUGAGAGAGAGUAUAUUUUGUAAACAGAAUAUAUUAACUGAGUGAAAUGUAUGCUUGAAAUUAAGACUAAAAAAAAAAAAUAAUCCAGAUUUGCUCUGCUGUAUAUAGUAUUUAUUCACAGGAAGCUUACACUAGUUGCUGCCACAAAUGCAGAGUAAUAUGUUUAUCUUGAAUUUUAUUUAACUCAAAUUAUUAUUUUUUUACAAGAGCUAUUGAAAAUGCUACUAGUAUUGAAGGAGGGAUUGUGUUGAACAUGCAGUGUGAAUACAUUACAUGACUAGAACACUAAUAUUUGUUGUAUACUUUAAAUGAGUAUGUAUAUAUACACAGUAUGUGUAUGUUUAUAUACAAUAUUUUCUGUUCUAGAUUAAAUUAAUGUCCCUUAUUAUUUUGCAGUGAACUGUAUGCUUAAUGACUGCAGUCAGUAAGCUUUAAAAGUUAACAAACCAAAAAAUCUGUAUUGUCAAUAAGAUUACAGUAUUACAUAAAACAUUUAUUUAGAAUGAUGCCAUGAGUGUGUUAUGACCUGCACAUUUAGUACAGUUCUGUACAAGGUAGAUUCAUUUCAGUAGACAUGCUCAGAGGAACACACCACUUACUAUGGCAGGCAAAAAUCAGUUGAAAUAUACUGACAUGACAUUUUUUCUUCACAAACUGGAUCAAUGGAAAUUGUUGAAAGAGGAGGUAGUAGGGGUUAUAACUACAAAAUUCACUAUUUGCUAAUGUUAUUUAGACAAAACAAUGAAGAUGUAGCUACAAAUAGGAAAUUAUAACGAAAUACAGUCAAAGAUGGAACAACAAAAUUAAUUUUUUUAUUUAAAUCCACACAUUAAUGUAAUGUUUGAAUGUUUCACACCUGAACUAUUCAAUACAUUAGUUAUUUUUGUUUCAAAACAUUUCUUGAAGUAUAAAGUUCAUACCAUAUUUUUUUCUCCAGUAAGGUAAGGUUAUUGAUAAAUAUUCUAAUCUGCAUAACUAGCAGCAACAUUUUUGGUACGUGAGUGUCUCACAAAAGCUGCUAAAUGUGACUUUACACAAUAAACAUUUACCAAUA